GCUCAACGGUCCACCCGAUCUGCCCCGAUGAGAUCCAGUUGAACCUUGCGGUACUGCUGCGUUUUCGACCGUGAAAGUACUGUACGUCGCUUGCGGUACAAAAACGACCCUGUAUUCGCGUAGUUACGCGGUUACGCCAGGUUUCGGUUAUGCACCGAAAGUAGGGUUUGUUCAGUGAAAGUGACAAAGUGUAUACGUCUGGACCGGUCGAGCACGCGAGUGUUAUCGUCCCGAUGCAAUUUUUAAGCUCGGGUUUCGUGCCGGACGGUUAUUUCGGAUCGGUGCUGUCGCGUUUCAGAGUGGCCGAAAGUUACCCGCCAGGAGAUGUUUUCGUGGACGUGAAAUUGAUGGAUUUCGGAGCCUACAACGAGGCAAUAUGCAUUGAGGUGAAGGAGAUGCAGAUAUCGGAAGCAGCAGGCGGCCAGCCCGCCCCUGGCGCCGAGCCGUGCCGUUUCCCGAAGCUGGAAGAGUGCGCCCAUUUCCACUAUGAGAGGGUGCAGCUGUCUACCCUUUCCGUGUCGCUGCGCACCAACAUGGACCAGUCCCUGCACUCGCAACACACAAACGACGAGACCGACGUCGAAUGGUACAUGAUCCAGGUGACGUCUGGAGAGGAAUGCUGGCUCCUGCAGAGGAAUUUCGAGAAUUUCAAGAUGUUGGACGACCAGUUGCACCAGUGUAUCUACGACAGGAAGAUAUCGCAGUUGCCCGACCUGUCUCUGCGAUCCAACGAGUCUCCAGAAAUCGAAACCAUACUGAUCGGCUACUUGGAGAGGUUCAGCGAAAUAGCCGACAAUUCCCUCAACUGCGGGCCGGUCUUGAACUGGCUUCAGAUGGACAAUAAAGGACACAGACUGUUGGUGCCCAGCGAGGAGAGCCGGUCGAUCAACACCCCCGCCGUGGCAGCAGCCUACAGCGUCAGGAGAUACGUUUCGCAGGCGAGGGACGAGUUAAAUCUGGAAGUUGGCGACAUGAUAUCGGUCAUCGACAUGGCAAGCCCUGGCGAGUCGAUGUGGUGGAGGGGAAAGAGAGGUUUUCAGGUGGGUUUCUUCCCCCAGCAUUGCGUGCACAUAAUAGGGGACAAGGUGCCGAGGAAUAUGCCCUUGCCGCCACCAGUUGUCGGUUCACUUGCGAUCUCCCCUAUUAAGCCGGUGUUGCGUAAGCACGGCAAGUUGAUAACCUUCUUCAGAAGUUUCAUACUGAAUAGGCCGUCGAGGAGGAGACUGAAGCAGAGCGGCAUCCUCAAGGAGCGGGUGUUCGCGUGCGACCUUGGAGAGCACCUGUUGAACUCCGGACACGAGAUACCGAUGGUGCUGAAGUGCUGCGCGGAGUUCAUAGAGAAGAACGGCAUCGUGGACGGUAUUUACAGACUGUCGGGCGUCACGUCCAACAUACAGAAGCUGAGGAACGCCUUUGACGAAGACCGGAUACCUAACCUGUACACCGAGGAGAUACUGCAGGACAUCCAUUCGGUGGCGUCGCUCCUCAAGAUGUACUUCAGGGAGCUGCCGAACCCGCUGUGCACGUACCAGCUGUACCAGAGCUUCGUGACGGCCGUGCAGCACACGGGAGUCAAGGGGGCGGAGGGAGACCACGAAAGACUGCUGAAGAUGCGGGAGGCGGUGCAGAAGCUGCCGCCGCCGCACUACAGGACGCUGGAGUAUCUGAUGAGGCACCUGGCGAGGGUGGCCAAACACGGACCAAGCACGGGGAUGACGACGCGUAACGUCGCCAUAGUGUGGGCGCCCAACCUGUUGAGGUGCGCCGAACUGGAGGACGGCGGCGUCACGGCGCUGCAAGGCGUGGGGGUGCAGGCUGUGGUGACCGAGUUCCUCAUAUGCUUCGCUGACCUGAUUUUCUGUGAUCACCUGCCAAAUUUAGAUAAGCCUAUUUUAGACAUUAGUAGCUCGCCGUCGCCGAGGAAGUGCAGACCGAAGAGUCUGGCCAUAUCGACGCCCACCAAACUCAUCACGUUAGAGGAGGCCAGAAGCAAGCACUUGCUGAGCAAUAGGAACGAGGAAUGCCAAUAUAUAGAGGUGGGGGGAGGGCCUAAGAACCUACCCAAGAAGUAUCACACUGUGAUAGAUUUACCACCAGGAUCGAGAAAACGCGGACACACCAAGAGGUCGCCGAUGGGUUGGAGGUCGUUCUUCGGCAAGUCGAGGAGCAACACGCAGACGAACCUGAAGAUCGCGAGGAAGUCCUCCACGCCCGGACUGAGCACUUCCGAAAAGGCCAUCACCACUGAACCCGAGCUGAUGGAGGUCAGACGGAAGCUGCGCAGCGUCAAAUCGGCCGAGAGCCUGACCUCCGGCCACUCAGAACCCGCGCCGGCCGACUGCGACGUGCUGGCUCCCCUCCACUCCCUGCACAAACCGCCCGGCCACAACAGGUCCAUCUCGCACGACUCCUACUUCGACACGCUGCAGAACUCGCAGAACAACUCUGAGGGUUCGCUGCUCGACCUCAGCGAGAUCCAGCUCAACUUCGACCUCGAGGAGACCGAGAUGAGGAUAUUCUCCGAGGACGAGAGCUUGGUCAGCUCGCCGAAGGUCUUGAGAGAGACGAACCAGAGGAGGGUGCUUACAAGGGCCAGACCGGAGGAGUUCAACAGCGCUACGAACUCCGGCAACCCCUCGCCCAAGAAGCAGGCCAGGGUGGUCCUAUCCCCCGACUCUGUGUCCCGCAAACGAACCCGCCUAGAAGACCAACUGUCCGACAUCCAGUACAUCGACUGCAGCACGCCUGAGAACGUGGUGAGCACCAUCGCCGUAGUGCACUCCGAGGACGCAGCGACCCCUUGCGGCCUAUCCUACCAGCCCAAGAACAAGUCGCCCAGGAACUCGGACAACAACCCGGACAAGCGACAGUCCCUGAACCUGGAUUCUUCGGCUAGCCAACCGUCGGCGAUCGUCAAGUCUUUCACGGAGAACGACAUAGCGGGCACGGCCAGCGUGACGCCGCAAUCGCCCGCGUACAGACCCCUGGGGGAGUCCAGCACCAACACGACCAGCUCGCCGACCGAGGUCACCUACCAGAACCUGCACCACAAGUCGGAGUUGGCGACGUGUCUGAAACCAGCGACGCCCACCUACGAAAACGUCUUGACCACCAUAAGCAUAACCUAUAAAUCGCCUCAGAGAAGCGCUGAAUCUUCACCGUUGAAGACACAAACGGAUUUCGACUCGAUCUACGAAGACGUCACCAUCAUCCCUGAGAAAGCGGUGGUACCAACGUCCACCGCCUCACUCCCCAUACAACAAGCCAGUCAACCGGAGCUGAGGGAGGGCGAUAACUACCUAACCUUACUCUUGGGCGACAAGGAAGACCGCCCGAAGAGUCUCAGCGCCUUGGACAACGUGGUCAGUCGCAAAGACGACAUGAGGACGAAUUUAAGCUCCAGCGUCGUCUACGACACCAACGAACAACUAUCCUUAUUCUCCGCCGAAGAACUUAAGACGUUCAGCUCCAACAGAUCCUCCGGGUCCAACAUCCAAUACACCCCUUCCUCGACCUCAGCCCCGUACCAGUUCAUCGAGAAUACCCAUACCCCCAGCGACCUCAGCCUCAGCGAAGUGUUGCACAGCUCUACCGACAACCUGUCGGCCAGCCAGUCCUCCCUCAGCUUCCCCAACUCCUCCAUGACGCCGAACGUCAGUCCGACCCCCUUGAAAUCGGACACUCAGUCCCUGGAGGACCUGCUGACCCCCGUCAGUCCGCUGGAGACGCGCGACACCAGCGAGUGCAGCCUGCUGCAGGAGAUACAGAGCGAGGUGAUGGAGGCAGGAGCCAAGUUGGAUAAUUUGAUCGAUUUCAGUCCGUCGGUCGAUGCUAGUCUUAUCAGGGAGGACGAUUGUGAAUCUAGUCGUGAGGUGGAAGCUGAGGAAGUUUACGAACAGGUUAAAUAUUUCAGGCGGUCGAUAAACGAGGUGAACUCCUUGCUGGAACUGCAGCUGGACCAAAAAGAGUCGUCGGAAAUUGAAGCUAAACGGGAGGUUGAGGUCAUGGACGACGGGGCCGUGGAAGGAACCAACGAAAACGAGGUUAAAAUGGAGGAAGAGACGCCCACUUACGACUCCCUUGAGCCACACGUGUACGAAAACCUACAGGGCGAAGAUAUGAGGAAAGACGAUGGGGUUAGUGUUUACGAGAACGUGGAGAUCAAACGCGAACCCGACCAAGUGAGCGUCAAAGACCUAUUAACGAAAUUCGGUGAGUGUAAAGAGACUGUCGAAGAAUCGACCACUACGUCCGAUGACGUGGACGCCUCGGAACCAAACCACCAAGACGACGUACCAGCCAAUCAGCGCCUGCGGAAGUUCUACGAGAAAGACUCCCUGCCGCCGUGUUUGCGAGCCAGGAACCUGAAGAACCAGCUGAAGACGAGGAGCUUGGACGAGGAGGAGUUCAAGAAGGAGUUCGAUCUGGACGUGGGCUCCAGGAGGAAGAGCCUGGACGAGGCGUUGGGCUACAAGACCAACUCCCUGCCGAAGACCCUCAACCAGCCCAAGAUGCUACCCCAGGAUGAGGUCGAGAGGGAGAUGGAGAACUUCCACUUGUUGCACGGUUCGGAGAACGACGAUAGGAGCCUGGAGGAGGAGAUGAAGAAAAGGGAAAGGAUCGAGAAGUACAAGGAGGAGAGGAGGAAGAUUCUACAAGAGAAAUACAGAACGGAGAGCUUCAAGGAAGACAAGGACGUCCUGUUGUCCCGAAUGAAGAUCUACAAGUCGCCAAACAAGGAAGACAGCUCGGAAACCUCAGAUUUCCUCCCCUGCCUGAACAGGGUCCGGAGAAAAAGCACCAGAAGCGACGACUCAGUGGUUAUCGAGCCAGAAUCACCGCCGAAACCCCCCUUGGAGGAGAAGGCUGAUCCAGAGGUGGAGAUCAGGCCCAACAGUCUCAAGGCCAGGGCCGCUAUGUUCGAGAGGAACAGCACUGGCUCCCCCAGCAAGCUCCCGAAGCCGGCGAAGAAGACGACGGGUAACAACAGGACGGGGGAGUUGACGGUCAAGGAGUCCGACAAGGUUUUCCGGGAGAAUUUCAUACUCAGGAGCAAGACUGAGGACAUAUUCAAGGGCGAGAGGAGGAGGCACACGUACGAAUCUAGGGAGAGGCAGAACGAGGACGAUCUGAAGUCGAGGAGGGGCAGUUUGGACCGUCAGAGCCCGAGGAAAGAAAAGACCGCCUCGCCUUCCUACUGCAUAAAGGACAUGAAAGCCAUAUUCGAAUCGAAAUCCAAACAAUAAUAGGAGGCCCUUCGAGGUUCGAAUAUACAUUUUGUUAUUAGCGAAAUAGUGAUUUGAAAUAUUGACCAAACACAAAAAUAUGGUUAUAAUAGAGUCGUAUAAAAAUGUAUAAAGUAGUGCCCCAUCCCUGAAGAUGCUAUAAAACGAAAACUUGAGCUCUACAGAACAAUCUACGAAAUUUUAAAUCGAUUUGUUUUUAUUUUAAUUUCAUUUUCAUAUUCAUUACGGGUGAAUAUAUUGUUGUUUUUGGUCGUUUUCUCUAGAAACGAAAUUUUUUUACUGUUUUAACCAUGAUUUGAUGAUUCUGUGAGUGCUGAGGUUUUUGAUCACCACCAGAUCGUGUGCCACAAUCAGCUGUAGCACCCGAACGCUUUAUUUUUAUAGGGAUAUUCUUAGCGAGGUUUCUGAGUGAUCUUAACCUGUUUUUAUUUUCAAAAUGUGAUAUACCCUUCGUGUAGAGAAAACUAUUGAAACGUAACUUUUCCAUCUUUCCAUUUUGCUACUAAUUACCGCUAUGAAGUAAAAUUUGGCUUUAGAUUGAUAAUGCCUCUAAAGAAGGAGUAGUUCAAAUGUAACAUGAAAUUCGUUUACGUUUUAACUUGAUUUUUGAACGAAGGAGAAAUUUCACUGGAAGAUUCAAUGAUUUUUUGUCAAAUAAUCAUGAUAAUAAGCACCAAUUUGCUCAGAAGAAGUAUCCCAGUGCGAAUUUCUUCGUUCAAAUCGAUGAAAUUUUUUUAUCCAUGACAUGUAAUUGAUUCCUCUGAGUAUUGGGGAUAUUAUUUCGUAUUUUUUUACGAAAAAAGUUAGUCUGCCGGCUGUAAAACUUUCGGAGUUGUAGUCACCAGUAGUCUCUGAUUUUUAUAUUGUUUUAUAUUCGAUACCAUAUUUUUAUUUCGAUUACUAAACCCUUCCCGCCCCCAGUUUCUAUGAAAUGUAUUGAAAAUCAAAGGAAAUUCUUCAAAUAGACAAUAACGAGUGUAUGUUUUCAUUCUUAUUUAUUGUGUUUAUACUUUUAUCUCUUUAUGGUUCGAAUUAUAUUUAUUUAUUUUAUACUGAUUGUAAAUAUUGUAUUGAGCUUUGAGAAAGUUCAGAGUUAUGUUAUGUUUAAUAAAUUAUGUCAUAUUGAA